AUGUCCAGGCUGCCAAGAGAGAGCAGUGUCCCAGAGAUGGGAACAGCGAAUGGCGUCAGCCACGUCCUGUGGGCGGCAGUAGGCGGCGGCAGUCGGGCACAGGAGGUCCGGAAAGGCCCAGAGGCCGAAGCCGCCCGACCCACGGUGUGGGUGCCGGACCCAGCUCUCCGGCACAUCCCCGGCAGCGCCGCGGGCCUGCUGGCGGUGCCCUGCUUGCAUCCGCAGCUGUUGUUCCGCGGGUACGUGCAGAAUUGCCCCUUGAUCCCCGUGCGAGUGCUGCGAGACUUCGAGGAACGCCGCAGGGUGUUUGUGGAAGGCUGCAGGGCCAGGGAAGCUGCCUUUGAUGCGAACCCGCCGCAGAUGGACUUGGAUGCCGCAGCUUUCACUCUGGCUCUGACCGCGUCGGAGGCCAUCUCCCCUCUGGCCGACUGAGUGGGCUGUGACGAGAUUGGUGGCAAGGGAGAGGCGGGUGCCUGUUCGGAUCGAAAGGACAGACGGAGGCCUGUGCCGAUGCAUUAGUCAUCAAGGGGGAGAAAUGCAAAGUAGGCGAGAAUAUGGCAAUGCGCAGCUGAAAGGAGGAAGCGCACUCAGAAAAAAAGAAACAGAUACUCUAGAAUGUCGAAGCUUGUUUUCAAAGAGGUCCUGAGACAUUUCUGACUUGCUACUUUGUCAGCGAUUCUUUUUCCUGCAUUUGUGGAAAAUGUUUCAAGAUUGUUUCACCGUACAGGAUGGUUUUGCAGAGUUAAGAUCUGAGAAAAAAUGUGCCAAUAAUGGAACCCAUUGAAAUUAACCAAGAUGAUGAAAGAGGUUAAGGAAAUACAGUUGUUAAGAAUCCGGUUGGGUAUGCAUUAUAAGAACUGGAAGGCUAUUGAGAAAACUCUGAAAUUUCAGAAUUUGUGGUCAUAUCAUGUCAGUCAACAACUCUUAGACUAAUGUUUGUGUUUCCUGGAGUACUGUAAAUGAAUACUAAAUAUUCAAAUAGAAAAAUCCUGUCAGAUAAAUAUGUUUUCAAGUCCAUGUGAACUUGGGUAGGUGUGGG